AUGCCAGGUGGUAUGAGUCUGGAGGGUCUGACGGUGGAGGACUGUGUGGCCGAUGGUGUGAUGGUGGACUGUAGCCAGGAGGCUUCCAAAGACAACCAGUAUCUCGUACCUUUACAGAAACUCUUGGACUGGGAAAAGGAACACGGCCGUAUCCCUGACAACGCUGCUGUUGUCUUCAACUUUGACUGGUCCAAGAAAUUUGUUCGUCCCAAGGAGUACACGGGCUCCAAAGAUAUAGGAGACCUCUUCAGUUUCAAGUUCCCGGCAGUGAGCGAAGAAGCCGGGAUGUGGCUCAGGGAGGAGAGGAACAUCAAGAUGAUCGCCACGGACACUCUGACCCCCGACCCCCUGGCAGGCUAUAAGAAGCAGCCAAUCCACAUGAAGUACUUGAAGGAGAAACGCCUCAUCUUAGAGAACCUUAAGGCGACGAGUCGACAGAUCAUCCGACCCGACCCGGCCCGACCCGACUCCAUCCGCAAUGGGCACCCGGUAUAA